UGCCGAUCUAAGGGUUUGAAUGAUACAGUCUUGUCGCAGGAGAAUAAACAAUAAUAAAAGGCAGACUCACCACUCUGUGUGCAGUUUAAACAUGGACGAGAGAGAAGAGAUCGUCCCAGUUAAACGAGUGGUUACUCAGGGUAACCUGCUUAACGAGGAGAAUCCUCCCACUUCAUCCUCAGAUGGAUCACCAUCGGAUGAUGAUGAUGAGGUGGAGGAUGAAACCUUUGUCCCAGGGCCAGAGGGCACUUCGGAGGAGGAGGGGGAAGGGAUGGAUGUGGAUGAGGAUGUGAAUGAGGGAGGGGACAAGCCUUGCACCGCCUGGUUAUCCAAAAGCGGCAUUACCUGGUCCCCAACUGAGGAGGAGACCCUUCGUUAUCGGGCGGCGGGGAUUCGUAAACCCGGGAUCACCCGCUAUGCCGCCUCCCACAUCAAUGAUUUGGAGGACAGUUUUUCUUUCUUUAUCACUGAGGAGAUAAUUGAUACUAUUGUCCGCCAGACGAAUGUCCAGGGAGGAAGGAAAGCAGGGGAUGGGUGGAAGGAGGUCGACAGGGUGGAGAUGAGGGCGUACCUGGGGCUACUCCUGCUGGCUGGGGUGCACCGCUCCAGAGGGGAGGCCACAUGCAGCCUCUGGGGUGAAGACACGGGCCGGCCAAUCUUCAGGGCUACCAUGUCCCUAAAGCGCUUCAUCACCCUGAGCCGCAUGAUCCGGUUCGAUGACAGGCUGACCAGACAGGCACAAAAGAAACCGGACAAGCUCGCCCCCAUCCGGGACGUUUGGGACCAGUGGGUGGUCCGACUCCCUCUCGCCUUCAACCCCGGGGAGAACAUAUGUAUCGAUGAGCAGCUGGUGGGAUUUAGGGGGCGCUGCCGCUUCAAACAGUACAUCCCCUCCAAGCCAGCCAAGUACGGGCUGAAGCUGUGGGCCCUGUGUGAUGUCGCCACAUCGUAUGCGUGGGGUCUGCAGCCCUACCUGGGUAAGCCGACACGGGAGGCUCCACCAGAGGGGGAGCAGGGGAAGAGGGUUGUGCUGGAGCUGACGGAGGGGCUGAGUGGCCACACUGUUACAACAGACAACUUCUUCACCUCAUAUGACCUUGGGAUGAAGCUGCUGGAGAGGAAGAUGGCCUUAGUGGGAACGGUGCGGCAUAACAAGCCAGAGCUGCCCCCACAGCUACUGAAGGUCAAGGAGCGGCAGGUGCUGUCAUCACUCUUCGCCUUUACCUCCAAGAUGACGGCUGUCAGCUAUGUCCCCAAGCGAAGCCGCAACGUGCUCCUUCUCAGCACAAAGCAUCGCAGCGCGGAGGUGUCGGGGGAACAGCACCAGAAACCCCAAAUUAUCUUGGACUACAAUCGCUGCAAGGGGGCGGUGGAUAACUUGGAUAAGCUUGUAGCAUUGUACAGCUCCCGCCGAAUGACCCGCCGCUGGCCCAUGGUGCUCUUCGGCAACAUGCUGGAUGUGAGCGCCUACAACGCGCUGGUGCUGUGGCUGGAAGUGAACCCCGAGUGGAACAGGGGCAAAAACUUUCGGCGGCGGCUCUUCCUGCAGGAGCUUGGGAACUGCCUUGUGAGGCCGGCUAUGGCACGGCGCAAACGUCUGCCGCGUACUCCAAAUACUGCAGCGAUGGUGGAGGCGGCGCAGCGUGCUGCUGACCAAAGCCCAUCCAAAGCAGAGGAGCCCAGGGCAAAGAGGAAGUGCCGUCUCUGCCAUGGCAAGAGGAGUGUGUUCUCCAGGAGCUGCUCCAAAUGUGGGCAUGCUGUCUGCAAGGACCACACGGUCUGGAUUUGCUCUGCUUGCACAAACUAACACACCCACCCACACACACAC